GGGCGUGUGCCCUGUCACUGGUCACGUGACCCGGAACAUGUCGGGCUUAAUUCCUGCGUUGGAUUGCUCUCAGCUGCUGAACCUCUGCGCUGCGCAGUGCAAACCCUCCGCCCGACACGUCACGACCCCCGCGCCGCAGGUGGACUCCCCUCGCCGCACCAUGUCGGCAGACGAAGCUUUCGUGACACUUGCCACAAAUGACAGCUACGCCAAGGGAGCGAUGGUUCUCGGCCAGUCGUUGCUGAACCACAGAACCACAAGGAAACUGGUCGUGCUCGUGGGACCUCACGUUGCUGAACCCUGCAGAGACGCCCUUCGCUCCAUCUUCGAUGAGGUGCUGGUGGUGGACGUUAUGGACUCGGGCGAUGCAGCUCAUCUGUCUCUGAUGAAGCGCCCGGACCUGGGAGUGACAUUCACCAAGCUGCACUGCUGGAGUCUCACGCAAUACAGCAAGUGCGUGUUCAUGGACGCCGACGCACUGGUGCUGUCGAAUAUAGAUGAACUCUUUGAGCGAGAGGAACUGUCUGCCGCGCCGGAUCCUGGUUGGCCGGACUGUUUCAACUCCGGCGUGUUCGUCUUCAGACCGUCCAAUGAGACGCACGAGAAGCUGCUCGCGUUCUGCAGUGAGAACGGCAGCUUUGAUGGUGGAGAUCAGGGGGUUCUCAACACUUUCUUUAACACCUGGGCGACGGCAGAUAUUUCCAAACACCUUCCAUUCAUCUACAACCUCAGCAGCAUCGCCAUCUACUCCUACCUGCCAGCAUUCAAACAGUACGGCCGCGACGCCAAGGUGGUGCAUUUCCUCGGAAAGAUGAAGCCAUGGAACUACUCCUACGACGCUCAGACGGGCGAGGUCAAAGGUCACUGCCUGUCCCCCGACCAGUGCCACCUGCAUCCCGACUACUUGCUCAUGUGGUGGCGGCUGUACGCCCAGUCGGUGCAGCCUCUGCUGCAGCAGACGUACGGCGACGCUCCGUUCGACAGCGGCUUCGCCGACGCCAGCGCGGAGGGCUUCAAGCUUCACGAGGAUUCGAAGGAGAACCAGGCCCCCUUAGCUCCGCCCCCACAGAAGGUUUCAUCGGAGGAGAGAAAGCUGCGCUGGGAAGCGGGCCAGAUCGACUACAUGGGGGACGACUCCUUCGACAACAUCGCACGAAAGCUUGACUCAUUCCUAAAGUAGCCCGCUGGCGGGGCGGCGUGAGUGUGCGCUGUGUGGGCGGAGAUUUCAAGCACUGCUCAGCCAAUCACAGGGGCUUGACGAAGGCCUCUGUGCAACGUUGAGCCUCACUCUCUGCGUUCUAUCGUGUUUGUGUGUGAGAGGGGGGAGAGAGGGGGGGGGGGGUUGACACAGUUCCCACGCACUCCCACCCUUCAAUUCUCCCCCUCAAAGGAUGAGUUUGAUAUUUAAGGAAAUACACUUUAACUUUCUCGCUCAGCAGCUAGUUAGCUUAGCAUUAAGACGUCUCACUCAGUUUGUGACCUCAAGACAAAAAAAAAUCCCAAUCCUACAGAUGUUUAUAUCUCUCCUGAAAGAUAAGAUCUGCCAUGGAAAAUUCUAUAUAUACACCGACUGCUCUUCUUUUGGCUAAGCGGUUAAAGAUAACGAUGAGUGGAUGCUCUUCCCGUCCGCUGCUAAACAGGUUGCUUAAAGGAUGUAGUGUUGGUUCAAAGAAUGUUUUGACCCAGCAGACAUUUCAUAAAUACCCACAGACCGUAAACGUUUGUGUAAAUUCAACCAUUAUCUAAUGUCACGGUCCCUGUCCAUGAAUGCCAAACGGGUAACAUGACAAUGUUUAACACAUACAAUCUCAUCAGAUCCCAAGCAAAGUGUACUCCCAAAUUGUCAGACUCGGUCUUAGUGUUCUUGUGCAUUUGAUGGCAAUAGGAAGACUCAGGACUGUGAAUCUAACUGUGGAAACUUCCAGCAACAAAAACAGAUAAAAAUCAUUAAGUUUAAAAGUUGUUUUUGGAUUUUGGCACAACUCCCUUCUUGCAAUAAGUAUUUAAACUACUUCAAAGCAGAUCUGCGGCACUGGCUCAUCUCCCUCUCAUAGUCCCUGCCAGGUGUGUCGAUCUCCCUUUAGAAGGCUCCCCUGUCUGAGUUCAUUUGUGUCAUUUCUGGUCUCAGAGACACAGGCUGGUUAUGUUUGUCUGGCAAAAAAAAAAAGUUGGUCACUAAUGAAGUACUUCCACCCACAUCCUGAGGCGCUGUUGGUUGUCUUGUGUGUAUUGGUGGGAUUUGUGCGCUCCAGGCAUCUGUACCUGCAUGUUAUGCAACGUCCCUCCCAGACGCACGUCGGUACGUCUCUGACGUCACUUCCUUUCCGUUGGGUUACCAGCUGCCUUAUUGCCGCUCACUGUUUACAGAACCCCACUUACUGUAACCGCUGCUCGUAGCACAACACGUCCCUCCUUUUGUUACUGACGCCUCCUUUACUUAACUCCAGCUGUUAGAAGUAUAAUUUAUAGCUAAGAAUGAAAGCACACUCCAAUACGGAGCUGGAAAGGUCGAGAGAAAGGAUGUGUUUUUUUUUUUGUGAUCUUUCCAGCCAGCUUGACCCUGAAUAUGCAUGAGUGUGGAAGAUCAGUUACUUUAGAUCGGUCCUGUCACCUGUUAACUGUACAUCCCUGUAGAAGUGCUAAUAAAAGAACUGAUGAAGAACAA